GUAAAAUCACACAUGCUCGCCCGCAAGGCCGCAAGUGCUCCAUUUCCUCCAUUUUUAAUGGCUUGCGAGAUGCGAGUCUUUUGCUGUGAAUUGACGAAACGGACCCUGGGGACAUUGACUGCAAAACACAGCUGGAUAUCACUGUCAACGAAAAGCUCAUCUUUCCAGGCUUGAAAGCUCCGAUGAAGAGGGAUGUAUGCAACCGGGAAGAAAACGACGUCGUUCUGUCGCUUCCUAUAUAAACUGUAACGUUCCACAACAGUUACGAGCUGCAGAAUCCUCUUCUGUUCGCGGGUCAACUAAACUCCCUCACCUUCCGCCAUCUUUGACUGAGUCAUCCUCACCCUACCGUUCCGAGUCGACUCAGUAAUCCUGCCUCUACUUGCAUCACACAUACACAGAAUUGUGCACGUCGCAAGCUGUUCAGAGACCAACACGUCAAAGUUCACCUCAUUUCUGCUUAAAACGCAUAGGAUCUGAAUCAAAUCCGUGUUCUUGCUCCACUUCAGCGGUUCUAUUCUCCAAAGUUUACGGCUUUGCUAGGGUUUUGAGGCAGUGCUUUAAUCAGGGAAUUUGAAUUUUUGUUUUGCUAUACAUCACUUGUACGGUUAGUGGUUAGUGCUUGCGAAGAUGAUGGUAUCAAGGGGAUUGUUUGGGUGGUCUCCGCCACACAUUCAGCCGUUGACUCCUGUCUCGGAAGUUUCGGAGCCGCCGGAGUCCCCGUCGCCUUACAUGGACAAUGGUGCCGAUGUGCUCCCGCCUGAGAUGGAGGAGGAGAUUGAGGACGAGGGUGAGGAGAUUGAGCCGCCCCCUGCUGCUGUUCCGUUCUCGAAGUUGUUUAUUUGUGCUGAUCGCCUUGAUUGGUUUCUCAUGGCUGUUGGAUCACUUGCAGCGGCUGCCCACGGCACUGCCCUGGUAGUUUACUUGCAUUACUUUUCCAAAAUUAUUCAGUUGCUCAGGCAUGGUUCGGAUCCCCCUGAUAAGAUGUUUGACAGAUUCACUGAGCUCACUUUGGCCAUUGUUUAUAUUGCUGCUGGAGUUUUUGUUGCUGGUUGGAUUGAGGUGUCAUGCUGGAUUCUUACCGGAGAGCGGCAGACUGCUGUGAUAAGAUCAAAAUAUGUUGAAGUUUUACUAAAUCAAGACAUGAGCUUUUUUGAUACCUAUGGAAAUAAUGGAGAUAUUGUCAGCCAAGUAUUGAGUGAUGUGCUUCUUAUUCAAUCAGCUCUUAGUGAAAAAGUGGGGAACUAUAUCCAUAAUAUGGCUACAUUUUUCAGUGGUCUUGUGAUUGGAUUUGUUAAUUGUUGGCAAAUUGCCCUCAUAACUUUAGCCACGGGUCCAUUUAUUGUUGCAGCAGGAGGUGUAUCAAAUAUAUUCUUACACAGACUUGCAGAAAAUAUCCAAGAUGCAUAUGCUGAAGCUGCUAGUAUUGCAGAACAGGCAGUCUCUUAUAUCAGAACAUUGUAUGCAUUCACAAAUGAAACAUUGGCAAAAUAUUCAUAUGCAUUGUCUCUUCAAGCUUCACUGAAGUAUGGUAUAUUAAUAAGUCUUGUUCAAGGACUUGGGCUGGGAUUUACAUACGGGCUUGCAAUUUGUUCCUGUGCAUUACAACUAUGGGUUGGAAGGCUCUUGGUCAUUAAUGGGAAAGCUCAUGGUGGUGAAAUUGUUACAUCUCUAUUUGCUAUUAUGUUAAGUGGCCUUGGGCUAAAUCAGGCUGCUACAAACUUCUAUUCAUUUGAGCAAGGGAGAAUUGCUGCCUAUAGACUUUUUGAGAUGAUAAGUCGUUCAUCCUCUAGUGUUAAUAAUGAAGGGCGUACCCUUGGUUCUGUGCAAGGAAAUAUUGAGUUCCGAAAUGUGUACUUUAGCUACCUCUCUCGUCCCGAAAUUCCCAUAUUGAGCGGAUUUUACCUCAGUGUACCAUCCAAAAAGGCUGUAGCUCUUGUCGGAAGAAAUGGGUCUGGAAAAAGUAGCAUCAUUCCACUUAUGGAGCGGUUUUAUGAUCCUACAUUGGGAGAAGUUCUUUUAGAUGGGGAAAAUAUUAAAAAUUUAAAGCUGGAGUGGCUCAGAAACCAAAUUGGUUUAGUGACCCAGGAGCCUGCAUUGUUAAGUUUGAGCAUCAGAGAUAAUAUUGCAUAUGGACGCGAUGCUUCAUUCGAUCAAAUUGAGGAAGCUGCAAAAAUAGCCCAUGCUCAUACCUUUAUUAGCUCACUUGAGGGAGGAUAUGCAACUCAGGUUGGCAGAGCUGGUCUAGCAUUGACUGAAGAGCAAAAAAUAAAGCUUUCUAUUGCCAGGGCUGUUCUUUCAAAUCCAUCUAUCCUUCUUCUUGAUGAGGUAACUGGUGGACUUGAUUUUGAAGCUGAAAGAUCUGUUCAGGAAGCUCUAGAUCUCCUCAUGUUAGGACGAUCAACUAUCAUUAUAGCAAGAAGGCUUAGUCUAAUCAGGAAUGCUGAUUACAUCGCUGUAAUGGAGGAAGGUCAAUUGGUUGAAAUGGGAACACAUGAUGAACUCAUAACGUUGGAUGGUCUCUAUGCUGAACUUCUCAAAUGUGAAGAAGCUGCAAAGCUUCCACGCAGGUUACCAAUGAGAAAUUACAAGGAUAUUUCAGCAUUUCAAAUUGAAGAGUCUCUAGCAAGUCACAGCUUCCAAGAACCUUCAUCCCCAAGAAUGGUCAAGUCACCAUCUCUUCAAAGAACUUCUGCCCUCCAUACAUUCCGAGCUUCUGAUGCUACAUUCAAUUCACUCGAAUCUCCACGCAAUAUGAGUCCUCCACCGGAGCAGAUGGUUGAAAAUGGUGCUACCUUAGAUGUAACAACUAAGGAGCCAUCCAUGAAAAGACAGGAUAGCUUUGAAAUGAAACUUCCGGAUCUACCUAAGAUUGAUGUUCAUCCUGGAAAUCGUUUAAAACCCAGUUCUGAUCCAGAAUCACCUGUCUCUCCGCUAUUGACAUCGGAUCCGGAUAAUGAGCGUUCUCAUUCACAGACCUUCAGUCGGCCAAAUAGUGUGUCCUAUGAUGCGCCUUCAAAAACUGAAGAAACGAAGGGCACACAAGAACAUCAAGAGCCACCAUCAUUCUGCAGGCUUGUUGAGCUUAGCCUUGCUGAGUGGUUUUGUGCUGUUUUAGGAAGCACGGGCGCUGCUUUAUUUGGUUCUUUUAAUCCUCUUCUUGCUUAUGUCAUUGCACUUGUUGUAACGGCAUACUACAGAAUCGACGAUAAACAUCAUUUAGAAAAUGAAGUGAACAAGUGGUGCCUAAUCAUUACCUGCAUGGGAAUUGUGACAGUAGUUGCAAACUUUUUGCAGCACUUUUAUUUUGGAAUUAUGGGAGAGAAAAUGACAGAACGUGUUCGGAGGAUGAUGUUUUCUGCAAUGCUUCGAAAUGAAGUUGGGUGGUUUGAUGACGAGGAAAAUAGUGCAGAUAACUUGUCUAUGCGUUUAGCUAAUGAUGCUACAUUUGUCCGUGCUGCUUUUAGCAAUCGACUUUCUAUAUUCAUUCAGGACAGUGCGGCUGUGGUCGUUGCUGUUCUUAUUGGGAUGAUUCUUCAGUGGCGGUUGGCACUUGUAGCAUUAGCCACUCUUCCUGUUCUUAUAAUUUCUGCAGUAGCCCAGAAACUGUGGCUUGCCGGAUUCUCCAAAGGAAUUCAGGAUAUGCACAGGAAGGCGUCUCUAGUACUUGAGGAUGCUGUCAGAAACAUCUAUACAGUUGUAGCAUUUUGUGCUGGAAAUGAGGUCAUGGAGCUCUACAGAUUACAGCUUCAGAAGAUAUUCAAGAAGAGUUUCCUCCAUGGAAUGGCCAUUGGUUUUGGUUUUGGAUUUUCACAAUUUCUCCUUUUUGGUUGCAAUGCACUUCUCCUUUGGUACGUAGGUCUUUCUGUGAAAAGAGGUCACGUCAGUCUGCCCACUGCUCUUAAAGAAUACAUGGUUUUUUCUUUUGCAACAUUUGCACUUGUAGAGCCUUUUGGUUUGGCUCCCUAUAUCCUUAAAAGAAGAAAAUCCUUAGUUUCGGUUUUUGAGAUAAUUGACCGGGUCCCUCGGAUUGAACCGGAUGAUGACUCAGCUCUCAAACCUCCUAAUGUUUAUGGAAGCAUAGAGUUAAAAAGCAUUGACUUCUCUUAUCCUACCAGACCAGAAAUCUUAGUAUUGAGCAAUUUCAGUCUAAAAGUCAAUGGGGGUCAAACCGUUGCAGUUGUUGGCGUCUCGGGUUCCGGAAAGAGCACCAUAAUAUCUCUUCUACAAAGAUUCUAUGAUCCAGUUGCUGGUCAGGUUUUGCUAGAUGGCAGAGAUUUGAAAUCGUACAACCUAAGAUGGUUAAGGAAUCACUUAGGUCUUGUACAACAGGAGCCUAUUGUGUUCUCCACCACAAUAAGGGAAAAUAUAAUAUAUGCACGGCACAACGCAAGUGAAGCCGAAGUGAAAGAGGCUGCCAGGAUAGCAAAUGCUCAUCAUUUCAUCAGCAGUUUGCCACACGGGUACGAUACCCAUGUUGGGAUGCGGGGUGUGGAUCUUACCCCGGGGCAGAAGCAGAGGAUCGCGAUCGCGCGUGUCAUUUUGAAAAAUGCACCCAUUUUGUUGUUGGACGAGGCAAGCUCGUCAAUAGAGUCCGAGUCAAGUCGGGUGGUUCAGGAGGCUCUUGAUACUCUAAUAAUGGGAAACAAGACGACCAUACUUAUCGCUCACCGGGCGGCGAUGAUGAGACAUGUUGACAAUGUCGUAGUCCUCAAUGGAGGGCGGAUCGUUGAAGAAGGGACCCAUGACUCGCUAAUGGCUAAAAAUGGUUUGUAUGUCCGCUUAAUGCAACCUCACUUUGGUAAAGGGCUGCGCCAUCAACAUAGACUCAUAUAAACCACAGGAUUGUAAGUAAGUGGAUGCUAUAGUGAGUCUCAAAAGCUUUAAGCCUUAAUUUGGCAUGAGAAAACUGCAGAAGAAAUGCAAAAGAGGGAAUAGAGUAUUUAUCUUCUAUGGUGACAAGGAAUUGUGGAGGGAAAUAUGGCCGGUCCUACUAUCUUUUCAUUUCUUCUCCCUUGUGGAGAGAAAUAGUAGCCAAAUGAAUAAUCGCCCCAUUUCUUCUCCCUUCCUCUAAAACGAAACAUGUCACAAAAUUUACCACAUCACCCAUUCCUGUCUUCUGUAUUUCUUCCCUAAACGAAACAAAGGCUAAAUGGUCUCUUCGGAAUGGGUGUAUAUCGAAAAACAACAAAGCUCUCUAGCCCCAGCUGCCAGAGUCCUGAAAUGGUGAUUUGAAAGGUGUGCAAAAUGUGGUUGAGAAAAGGCUUUUGUAGUUAGUUUGUGCUCAGUUAAAGUAGAACUAAAGGAUUAGGGGUGUAUGAUUCUUUUGGAGACGGGACGAGUCGAGUCUGCAUAGUAGGAUAAAUUCCAUCCUUGUCUCUUUAAUGGGUAUGUUUAUUGGUUGGUUACAGAACGGAUCCAGUUUCUCUUUUGUGCCCUUUUCAUCUUCAGGUGUGUUUUUAUUUGUGUGAUGUUUGUAGUCAGUUUUGGUUUUGCAAUUUUUCUUACACGGGAGGGAGUACAAAGCUGGACAUAGUAGAAGUAGAAAGUAAUUAAAUGUAAUCCUUUUAUUUUAAAUAGUAAUGUGGUUUGACCUAAUUUGCUUAAUUUUAUUGUGAAAUAUAUUUUUAAUUGUCGCAUUGUUAUAAUGUUUUUAAAUGUAUUGAUGUUUUUUUGGUCUA